CAGUAGAAUCAGUUUUGUUAUCGGGCUUACUGGUCAUGCUCCAAUAUACCGACCACUUAAUCAGAUAUUUGGUAAUCUUUGCUCUAGCAGAAAGUAAUAAGAGCGUACCUGUGUUUGGUGGUCAUUGGUCAUUACUGUACAGUAGGCUGACAAUUCUGUGAUGUUUGUAGGUAGGGUGUACUAGAAAUUUGAUAAAAUGUUAUAAAAAUAAUGUAAUAUAUAUAUUUCCAAAGUUGUGUGUGUCAAAUAUCCUGUUAAAAUUGAUUUUUCCUAAACAUUCUCAUUAAUUUAAAUUCAUCAUGCAGUUGGUGAAGUAUUUUCUGUUCUUGUUUUGGUUAGGUUGCAUGUUAAUUUGUGGUAUGUUCUUGUUUACAAGAGGAUUUCUAUUAAAUAGAGAAGUAUUGCAUUUUCAGUCAUCUUGCAAAUCACUUUCAAGUCUUGGAUUUUGUGAUAUAAUGUUUAAUUCCAGAAGUGAUAUUAAUGGUGAGCAAAUCCUAGAAUGUACUGAAGAAAAUGUUGUUUCGAAGCAGUUAAACAACAAACUAGACAGUUCUCAAUAUUGUUUUAAAAAUAAUAUGAAAGUAGUUUUAAUCUUAAUUGAUGCUUUAAGGUAUGACUUUGCUCAUUACAAUGAAAACCUUACAGAGAGUGAAACUCCUCCUUUUAAAAACAAACUGAAGGUAAUAAAUGAACUCUUGACUAAUAAUCCAGGGCAUGCAAGAUUGUUCAAGUUUAUAGCAGAUCCACCAACAACAACAAUGCAGCGUCUAAAUGGACUAACAACAGGGAGUUUACCUACUUUUAUUGAUGUUGGUUCUAACUUUGAUACUUCAGAAAUAAACGAAGAUAAUUUAAUUGAUCAGAUUAUAAAAUCAAAGAAGAACAUCACUUUCAUGGGUGAUGAAUCAUUGACUUUCAUGUAUCCUGGAAGAUUCAAACGUGACUUCCCUUAUCCUUCUUUCAAUGUUUGGGAUCUUGAUUCAGUGGACAUUAAUGUGAAAGCAAAACUCGUCCCAGAAAUGAAAAAUGAAGAUUGGGACUUAAUAAUAGCCCAUUUUCUUGGUGUUGAUCACUGUGGACACCGUUAUGGCCCCUAUCAUAGUGAAAUGACCAGGAAGUUGAUAGAAAUGGAUGAAGUUAUCAGUGAUGUUGUAAGUGAAAUGGACAAUAACACCAUCCUUUUUGUUAUCGGAGACCAUGGAAUGACUGGGGCAGGUGAUCAUGGGGGCGACAGUGAGGAAGAAGUGACAAGUGCCAUGUUCGUCUACUCUCACAGACCGUUAAUAAUGAAUGUCAAACCAGUGGAGGAAGUGAAGCAAGUUGACUUAGUGCCCACUCUAGCCUCCAUACUGGGUGUAGCCAUUCCGUUCUCAAACGUGGGAAGUGUUGUCAUAAACGCAUUGCCCUCAUUUUCUGCAGAACCGAAUUUGGCGAGCAAUUGGGAAUAUGUGAUUACUGCUCUAUGGACCAAUAUAAAACAGAUAACAUUAUAUAUUCAAGAAUAUGCCAAAACCAAGGAACAGUUUUCCACAGAGAGAUUGGUCGGGAUAAAUAAUGAUUUUCAGAAACUAAGAAUGCAAGUUGAAAGUAUCGGGAGCGAAGAAGAACUUUUGUUGUUCAUCGAGGACUCAACAAAUUUCAUGCACGGUGUUCGUGAAAUGUGUGCUGAAGUUUGGGCUCAGUUUGACUCUUAUGCGAUGUCAAGAGGAUUAGUGUUAUAUUUUUUACUCCUUGCUUUAGCUUUCAUUGUGAUUGAAGGUAUCCCAAUCGGAUAUCUUGAUGCAGUUAUUGACAGUAUUUUUCUUCAUCUUGCGUAUGGAUCAGUACUUACAAGUUUACUUGUUCUCGGGGCUUUGAAGUACAUUGAAUUUUUGCCCGACAUUGAACAGCUUUUUUAUUUUUGUGCUUGCACUAUUUCUAUAAUUUUUUUGGCUGUAAUAGUGAUUCUAAACUGGAGUACUAUAUCUGCACAUUGGUACGAGUUGAGUAAAUCUUCAAAUUCCGUUAGUGUGAUUUGCAGACUGAUCACUUUAUUUAGUGUUGUCGGUCUGUUUUCAAAUAGUUUCAUCAUAAAUGAGUCUUAUACUUGUUCUUUCCUAAUUACCUCUCUAGUAUUUGUCUCAGUAUUGGAUGUAAAGGGUGAAAUUCCAAAAAAAGUGACCAAAGCAUUUGAAUUGACAUCAAGUGUAAAAUCUUUUUUAUACUCAUUAAGAGGUAAACUGUUAUUGUUACUGUUUGUUUUAUUUAUACUGAUAAGAUUUUCCUUAGUGUAUAUAAACUGCCGAGUAGAACAAAAUUGUGUAAUUGAGAAACCGGUUUUGUCAGAUUCGUCGAGGUGCCUGUUAACCGUCGUGUUGAUUGCAGUGUUCAUCACUGCUGCACGUCUUUACCUUCGCAGUUCUGGAAACCUGGUGGGAUUCUCUCCCACAGUGUUUGUAUCUCGAUAUGCACCCACUGCCAUCGUAAUAGCUACCAGUGGAUUUUGGAUUUUACAAUCACUGCCACGGAAAACUCAAUACAAGUUAUUCGAGCCUUGGCAGCUACAGAUUUUGCCGAGAACUGCUAUGUGCCUCUUACUGGUAGGGUUUUUGACCCUGUUCAUCCGUCCUUUAAGUGUUUACCAUGUGAGCCGCAGAAGUGAUAGCAUGAUACCUUAUGACAAUAUAAUCCCUGCACUAUUCAACCAACUGAAGGAAGUGAUGCUAAAACGGACAGGAAGUGAUGUGAAGGGCUACCCGGUCGUGUUUGGACUUGCCACCGCGUACAGUGCCACGUUUGUCAACAUGUCGGUGUUCCUGACGCUACUGGUGGUGCUACUCCUUGGCAGUGAGCAGGCUCUGGCCGCUGUUCUGCUCACCCUCUCUCUCUGGGUUCUGGCAACAGUCUCUUCAAUAUCUCGCCGAAACAAAGGCGAGUUGGAUGAGGUGCCUUGGUGGAAUGUAGUGGCGUGGGGGCUCUCCUGUCUACACUUCUUCUACGCCACAGGUCACCAAGCCUCCUUCUCUACCAUCGACUGGAAGACGGCGUUCCUGCUGUCAUCAGGAUCCUCACUGACAUCAUACGUAAUACCGGCCACUCUGGUGGUCGCUAAUGUGUUCUCAUCACACCUGCUGCAUGCCAUGCUGUUACCCCUUCUGCUCGUCGUACCACAUACGCUUGCCAGCCUCUCCCCUCGGCUGGCCCCCACGCGGGAUGCUCGACGUGCCGAGCUUGAGCUGUUCGAGCGAGACCGUCAGCUAUACUGUGCUGCCUUCAAACUUGCCCUGCAAUACCUUCUGUUCUUUGGUCAGAGGGUAUUUGGGUGCAUGUUGUCUGCUUCUAUACAUGCUAGACACCUUAUGGUAUGGAGCAUAUUUGCACCAAAGCUGAUUUUCGAGGGGAUUGCAUUCAUCGUGACACUGCCUUCUAUGAUGAUAGGCCUCUUUCUGCUACAACGAAUCACCAGUCGACUGGAUUGCCUACUGCGUGAUAUACAGCGGUGAUGCUAACUACCGCUGUGUUGUAUAGUAGCUAAGUUGUUUUAAUGCUGCCUCCUACUCAAAAGUUAGAUUAAGGGGUUGAUGUGCAGAUACUAGGUUUUAGUCAGAUGUAGGUCAAGUAAACAAAAUCCAUUUAAGUUGUGUAUCUACAUCAAAUUUGUCAGUAAAAUUUUAAGUGGUUUUCAUCUAAGUAAAGAAUGUUUUUUAUAGUAAAGUAUGCACAAUAUUGUAUCUCUUUUUGUAAUUUUGAUAACAAGUUACAUGAAAAUUUCAAAUUAGAUAUAUUUGUGCUAUUUUAGGAAACAUAAUAAGUGUCGCCUAAUAUAUUGAACAAUUAUUAAAAAGAUAAAAGACAACUAAUGUUAUUUUGUGUGUUCCAUUAUAUAUUAUUUAUUGUGUUGCAGCAGCUUGAUAAAGAAUUUUAUCAUAACUUGAAGGACUGUUCCUUUUGGAAUUCAAAAAAACAUUUAAUUAUAUACAGAAUAAAACUACACCUUUGUUUAGUUUGAUAAUUCUUAAUUUAGGAUUAACACGAUUAUUAGAUAUAUUUUCACUGAGAAGCAAUAGGUCAGGUGGAAAGUUUUCUGGUGUUUUUGAAAAUUUAACACGUUACAAGAAGAAUUUAUUGAGCCUCAAUUUUUGACGUCUACUGACAGAAAAUUCCCUCUUGCGCAUUUGAAGAAUUUAUUCUGCAUGUUUUGUUGAAAAAGGUUGUAAAGCUGACCAUUUAGCAUCGAUAUUUUUUCAGUGUUACUAUUAUUAAAUACAUUCAAUUAUAAUUUUGAUUUUAAAAUAUAACAAAAAAAUGUAUAGACAUUAGGUUUGCAUCAAAAUCUUUGAUUUUAUAUCUCCUUGCUACAAAAUAAUUAAAAUAUCACAAAAUGGAAGUUUCAAUUCUUUUUAAUGAGUUGGUGAUGCCCAUCUUUGGGAAGGGGCCUGAAAAAUUUAAUAUGUCAAAGGUAGAAACUUUUGACAAAAAAAUAUCCUCUAAAUUUCAUUUUGGAUCUGUAACCAUUAAAUAUUGAGCAGGAGGGAUUUUAUUACAAUUCUGUAAAAAUACUCAUAUACCCAGAUAUUUAAAAACAAUUGGCUGCUUAUAGUACACAAUGCAUUUGAACGUAGGAGAAUUACACAAAAUGUCAUUUCAGAAUGUGUACCGUGUAUAGUAUGUAAUUAAUAAAUUGAAAAAUUGUAAACGUGAAAAUGUUCUUACCGAUGGGGCAACCUGGAAAUUGGUUCGUAGUGUUACUGAUUUCUUGUUUCACUGAAUGAUGAAAAAUGUCUGGAAAAUCCUAUUUUCUUCACAAUCCUUCCAUUUUUAGAAACAAAGAAGUUAAUUUAAGUUUCAUAUUUUGGUUCCAUUGAAAACUGUCCAAAUCUAAAAUAAGAAUAUAUAUAUAUAUAUAUAUAUAUAUAUAUAUAUAUAUAUAUAUGUAUAAGUCAUUGAAUUAUCAAACUUAGAUGAUUUCAUUAAUUCGACCAGUCCAUUAUCGUACUACAGGGCUAUGGGGUCCAGAUUUGGCAUUUUCUCAUUUUGAAAAUUAAGUAUGUAUUGUCAACUGAAAUAAAGUUCUUGGUGUCUAAAUUAGACAUAACAUUUCCAAUUUUAUUAAUUAAUAACUUUAAUUAGACAUAAUUUUAAUCAUGUAUAUUUUAACUAUUUGAAAAAUAAAUUGAGACUAAAUUAUGAUUUGAAUACAAAUUUAAAAAAUUAUGCUAAUUAAUUAUAGUCUCUAUGCAAUCAUAAUUAGUUUUUUUUUUUAAUUUUGUUAUACGUUUGACUACUAAUAUAACUUUGGAAUGUUUAUCAAUGUUGAUGGUUUUUUAGUAACAAUCAUGUAGUGUAGGCAGCAAUUUUCCAAUGCGAAGUAUUUUAUAAAAACAUUGUGUGUGUAGAUUUGUUGACCAUUGUUUUGUAUUAAUUUUAAAUAUUUACUAUGUAAAUAUCGCCUGAUAAAAGUAGUGUAUUAUAAAUAAGGUUAAACUUAGUGAUGGCAGUUUGCCAUACCUCACUGCCACUGUAUUACUACUUUUGUAUAGUUUAGUUAGUUAUGGAACAAUGAAUAGUUUAGUUGGUCAACUGAAAAAGCUAUUAACAUGUUACUAUAAUUAAUUGUGGUGAGUAUAUUGGCGGUUGGUAAAAUACACCGUUGCCAUGUCUGUUGUACAGCUCUAGUGAUUGUGUGUAUAUAGUAUAUAGCAAAUGUAUAUAUAAAACAUUUGCUGCUGGUGCGUCACUGGAGAACCCAAGGUGACAUAACGGCAGUUGUGUGGAUCGUCAUAAGGGGGCGGGGCAGUGCAAUACAUAUUGCUUCAAUCACUGUUAGAGUGAGUCAAGAGCCUGUCGUGUGUAAGAUUAGUCUCGUAGUGUGCCUUCUGCACUCUGCAAUAUUGGUUUGUGGUUUUACAUCUUAGACUAUAAUGGGUAAUUGGUGACGUUUAAUGUAAACUUGUACUGAUGUUUCAUUUACCAUACUUUCAUUUUCUCAAUAACUGUUUUUGGUUGUUUUUUUAGUCGCCACACUAUAGCAGUAAAUUUUUACAUAUUUUUAAAAGUGUGUUUUAUAUUUUUUAUGUGAUGUUUUUGAAAAAAAAUGAGCUCAGUAUAAUGUGAGAUCAUGAGUUAUCGGUGACCAUCUAUUUCUUUGCCAGAUUCCUAGUCAUUAAAUCCAUAUAUUAUAUUAUUGGUAAUUACGAAAGCAAAGGAUUGAUGUAAGAUGAGUAUUAGGAACUCUCAUAUAGUGUUCACAGUAGAUAGGUCAACUUAAUUUCAUAUUAUCUAAAGGAUUGUACAGUAUACUCUAUCAUUAAUGGGCUAACACCAUCAUAUUUCUUGUCUCAUAUGCCUGUAACAUAACAUUUUUACUUUUUUCUUUGUUUCGACCAUUUCUCUGCAGUAUAGCAUAGUGAACAGAAGUAACUUUGCUGGGCAAAAUUUUAACUUGUACUAUCUGUAAUUUAUACUAUCAUCACCAAUUCACUAGUUCUGUCAUUUACCCAAAUUUUAUUUUAUGUUAUUCUGUUGAAAAUGUAUCUGUAGUUAGUGGAUUAGUCUUACAAAUGUUUUAGAGGACAUAAGCAACAGAGUGAGUUCAGAUGGUUUGCUGUCCCUCUCCGGAGUAGGAGAGAAAAAGAGUGCAUGGCAAAGGUGAAUUUAGAAAAAACUACUUGAUACCAGCUGCCAGUGGUCUGGUCAUAACCUAAGUUUUCAUACAUUGUUUAAGAAUGUAUAAUAAUGUUUGUUAGUUUCAGGAAUGUACAAAUGUUGGUUUAAAUUAAUAUAAAAUAUUUGUUAAGUUUGUGUCACAAAUUUUGUAGUUAACUUUUGAUAUUUGUCAUUUAAAUCAUUAAUUAUAUUUUUAAGCGUUAAAUAUUUAUCAUUUAAAACCGUUAAUUCUUAUGUACAGUGUCAGUAGUAUCGGAGCCAAACUCUAAUUAAAUACUAUAUCAAUUCCUCAUGUAUAAAAGUAAGAAUCUGCAUAUCAAUACAGGGUCUAAAAAUGAAUUUUGUAUACUAUAAUUAAACCCCACUUGAGGCAGGUAAUUUUGUUUUCCUCACAAUUGCUAAUGAAUUCAUGAACCAGACUGAACUUUCAUACAAAUAUUGAUAUGACUUAUCAAAAUGAUGUGUGCAAAAAAUAUAUAAUGAACUGAAUAAAAGAACAAUAAUGUGAGAAUGUUUAUGUUGAUCUGUCAUACAUAGUAAAAAAACUAUUAGAGUUUUGCAGUUGUACGGGUAGUGGUGAUGAGUUGUGGGUUAUUUUACUAUGAUUCCUAAACAAAAUGUCAAAAUGAAUAGUGGCACACUCCCUAAUCUCCUUGACUAAGAAAAGCUGAGAUUAGCUUUUUUAAAAACUAAAAAAAUCAACACAUAACGUAGCCGUGGUGGAAAAGGUUUAUUCAAUGUGAAUGUUGAGUUUAGCUCCACUUUACCUUUCUCUUAGUGCAAACGUCUAAAAUGUGACACUGUCGCUUGACUCUGAAAAUCUGCAGUCUACAUCUGUCUGAAGACAUCAAGACACUCAAAACUGAGCUAAACUCAACAAUCGCAAAAAAUAUCAAGUCCUUUUUUCUAAGGAGAAAUUAUUUAUAGAAGUCUUUUCUCCAGCAUAAACUCUAAACUACAUUUUGUAUGAAGAAGUCAUUGAAAGGCUUAUCUUUGCAUCAGACAUUACAGACAAUCUGAUGCUCCGAGAUGACAAUGACAAGGCCUCUCUAUUAACAACUUUCUAAAAAUAAAAGAUACUUCCCUUAUUCCUCCCUCCCCCCAAAACCAUCUGAUUUUAGUCCGGGUGACUUCUUUGUGUUCUCCAAGAUCCAAAGUUGUUUUAAGAGACACCAUCUUGGUAUUACUAUUGAUAGUAUUCAAAAGAAUAUAACAGAGGAGCUGAUAACAUUCCAGUUGUAAUUUACUAGCACUGCUAUACAUAGUGGAAUCAACACAUCUGUCAGUGCUUAAGAGAAGGGGAUUAAAAUUAACUGUUAUUUCAUGAUUUUUGCAAUGUGCAGAAUUUUACUUUUAUAAGUUUAGCCAUAGCAUAAAUAAGGACACCACUGUUGGCGGUCCUGGAACAACCAUGUAUGUGAUAUGAUUAGAGCAGAAUUUAUAUUAAUUUUUCUGUCCAUUAAAAUUUUCUUUAAAAAGUCUGCUUUUUAAAUAUUGCAAAAAUAAACAUGUUACUUUUAAUGCAUGACCUUACUGGAAAAAAUAAAAAAUGUGUGAAAUGUUGUGAAUCAAGGCUGACAAAAAACUCUUAGAUAAUAUGGAAUAAAAUAUUGGUUAUUAAAUGGGCCUAAAAAGGUAUGGAAUUGGUUUGUGAUAUUGAUUAAAAAUGUUUAAUUAAAAUUCAGCAUAAACAAUACAUAAGGGAGUAUAAAGCAUUACCUAAAUACAUAGCUAAAUAUUUUGGUAUCUUCCAAAUCAUCACUAAAAUUAAGCACAAAUAGUAUAUUGAAUGUUGCAGAAUAUUACAUACAGGUACUCUUGCUUUUUUUAUACCUGGAAUAGUUACAUAUGAUUAGAAAUGGGCUGUGUGGUGAGUGGAUGAAAUAAUGUAAAUAUUGAGUUAGCUCCAGUUCACCUUGCUCUUAGUGCAGUAUCUGGAAUCUGGGACGCUGUCACAGAUCUCAAAACUGCUAGAAUCUGUAGUCAUAUUCUUCAGAAGAGAUCUAAAAAAAAAUAUAUGAUGAAAAGCUUAAAAUGAACUCUAGAUCGUUUUGACAUCAAAGACACCUAAGCUAUAAAAUGUAAUGUAAUCUGAACUGGAGCUAAAUUUAAAAUUCACAUUGAAUCAACCAUUCCCACCAUAGCUAUUUGAAUAAACAGAACCGCCAGCCUAGCCUAAUGUGUUAACUCUGAGUUUAUUGAUGAUUUAAGACAGUGGGCACUUGCUCUCUGCAGCUGUUUGUGCUAUAUUUACUAUAAUAAAUUCGAACAUUUUCAGUUUGCUUGGUACAGCUGUUUGGUCAGCAGUAUAAAUAAUAUCAAUUUUUAGUCUAUUUAGUUAUUAAUAUUCUAAUUUGAUAAGUAUGAUUAGAGAUUUUAUUAUUUUGCUAUUUACAUGAGAAAUUCAUUUAAGAAAGUAUUAUGUACAAAUACAAAUAAUUAUUCUUAGUUUAUGUGUAUCUUUAUAAUCAGUACACUCUAGUCAUUUAUUUAGUCAUAUUAUAAAUUGAUGUCAAUUUCAAAUUUAAGUAUGUCCAAUCUUCAAACUAAAUACAGUAUAUGUUACAUAGUCCAGCAAAGCUUAUUUAAACCCAUAAGGCGAGUUACAGCUGAAAUGCCAGGUUGAAACUUUAUUUUAAGUAAUGGUACGAACCUCUUGUGAUUAAAUGUUAUGAUAGGUAUUUAAGUUCAAGUAAUGGUUUUUUCACGGUUUCCAAAAUAUUUCCCUUAUAAAACAGUUUCUCUUGGAUUUAAUAUUUCUAUAUUACAGGAUUCCUUAUUGUUGUUGUUAUUAUUAUUGUUAUUCAUACUGGCUUCAGUUUCUUACGCACAGUAUGAUAUUAUAUGUUAGUAACCUUAUUAAUUUUUUCCUUAAUGAUGUUUAAAAAGUUUGCAAAAUAAAAUUACUUGUAUGAUUGUUACAUUUGUUACUAUUAUUCCAGUACUACUAGAAAAUGGAUAAUGGUACCAAAGGGCUCAGAAGUUACCUAUGUCUAUAGUAGAGAAACUGUAAAUAUAAAAUCGUGUGAACACUGACCUGUCAUUGUUUUUGUAUUACAGAAGAGUGACAAUCAGAUAUUUUGGACGGUUUUGUUUAGCGUUACAGUUAACUUUGUUCCUGUUCUAUAGAUUGUUCAAAUGGCAUUUUGGGAUAACUUUUGCACAAUUACUACAAAGGCCUCUGGACUAAAAAUAGAUAUUUAUUUACGUGUAUAUUAUAUUAUUUAACUACUAAUUAGUCAUGUGAAUAGCUUUAACAAUUUAGAGUAUGUUUAGUGAUGUUACAUUUUUGCAGUGUUGUUAUAAAAUUACAUUAUACUGCGUUAAAGGCACAGUGAUGUGACAUAGUCAUCUAUAACAGUUGAUUUGAAGUUAUGUGUCGCUUUUGUUAUCAAUGUUUUAUCAACAUUGCAUCGUUGCAGGUUAUUUUUCUUAUCCAUUUUGACUUGAUCCUAACCUGGCCACGUGCUCUCAAGUAAUGUGUUGAAAUUAUUCAGAUGUUUAGCACAAAUUUGAUGUGCAAUAAAAUAUUGGUUUUA